GGAAGGGCUGCUUCCUGGAGACAACAGGUGGAGAAGGUAAAGUAACCGAACUUGCGGCUGGCGGGAGUGGCCCUUGGAGCCAUCAGGAUGAAUGUGGGGGUGGCCCACAGUGAGGUGAACCCCAACACAAGGGUGAUGAACAGCCGAGGCAUCUGGCUAGCCUACAUCAUCCUGGUAGGGCUCCUGCACGUGGUUCUACUCAGCAUCCCCUUCUUCAGCAUCCCAGUUGUCUGGACCUUGACCAACGUCAUCCAUAACCUGGCUAUGUAUGUCUUUCUGCACACUGUGAAGGGGACACCCUUUGAGACCCCCGACCAAGGCAAGGCCCGGCUCCUUACACACUGGGAGCAGAUGGACUAUGGGCUUCAGUUCACCUCCUCCAGAAAGUUCCUCAGUAUUUCUCCCAUUGUGCUCUACCUCCUGGCCAGCUUCUACACCAAAUAUGAUGCUGCUCACUUUAUCAUCAACACAGCUUCACUACUCAGUGUACUACUGCCUAAGUUACCCCAAUUCCAUGGUGUCCGUCUGUUUGGCAUCAAUAAGUACUAAUAUUCUGGCAACGAUCACUCAAGUGCAAGCUAGGGAAAGACAAAGAACAAAGGGCUGCCCUAUCCUCCUUCCCUUUAGAUACUGAAGACCUGAGGAUCAACCGACCUUUUCUGCCAACCCCAGGGAGAUGAAUUUGGGGGUAGAGGUACAAGUAAGGGCAGGUUCCUUAGAAUCAAGAAAGAUGGAUGGGGGCUGGGCCCACUCUCCUGUCUGGUGCUAUAGUUUUUCUUUUCCAACUAUAUCAUUGCUACAUAUUUCUUUGUGAUAGAAGCUGUUUUUCAGAUGUAAAUCCAGGGUAGUCAGCAGAACUUUGUGGGAGGUGAGGAAGGAAGAAGAGACUACAUUCUUCCUAAUCUUAAAUUUAAAAUAAAUGUUUCUGAUUGUGUUAUCAUA